AGCUCUCUGUCACUCACAUGUCCUCCCUUGCACUCCAGGACUGCAUCUACCACAUGGCAGCUCCGUUCCCACCACCGCCUGGUCCCAGAUUUGUCCUCCGAGGCACACAGUCACCUGUGAACACGCUGCAUUUCUGCCCAGCAUCCCAAGCUCUGGGGAACCCCCUCCUUUUCUCAGGCUCUCAGAGUGGCCUGGUGCACAUCUGGAGCCUGCAGACCAGAAGAACAGUUGCUGCCCUAAAUGGCCACAAGGGCCAGGGUGUAACCUGGCUGAAGACACUGCCCCAAGGGCACCAACUCCUCAGCCAGGGCCGGGACCUGCGGCUGUGCCUGUGGGACUUGGCAGAGGGCAGGAACACCAUCAUGGACACAGUUCAGCUGGACAGUGUGGGCUUCUGCAAGAGCUCUGUCCUGGCCAGGGGACAGCUAUGUUGGAUGCUUGCUGUACCUGGGAAGGGCAGCGAUGAGGUUCAGAUUCUGGAGAUGCCAUCCAAGACGUCAGUGUGUACCCUGAAGCCGGAGGCAGAUGCCAAGCCAGGCAUGCCCAUGUGCCUGGGGCUGUGGCAGACUAACUCCAGUCCCCGCCCUCUCCUUCUGGCUGGCUAUGAGGAUGGAUCGGUAACCCUGUGGGACAUCCUGGAGCGGAAGGUGUGCAGCCGGAUUGCCUGCCAUGAAGAACCUGUCAUGGGCCUUGACUUCGACUCUCAGAAGGCCAAGGGCGUCUCAGGCUCUGCCGGGAAGGUACUGGCUGUCUGGAGUCUGGACGGCCAGCAGUCCCUGCAGGUGUACAAGACUCAUGAACUCACCAAUCCUGGGAUUGCAGAAGUCACCAUCCGGCCAGACCACAAAAUCUUAGCCACAGCAGGCUGGGACCAUCGCAUCCGGGUGUUUCACUGGAGGACAAUGAAGCCACUGGCUGUCCUGGCCUUCCACAGUGCUUCUGUAUACUGUGUGGCCUUCGCCACUGAUGGCUUGCUUGCUGCAGGGUCUAAAGACCAGCGUAUCAGCAUCUGGUCACUCUACCCCUGCUCAUGACUUAGCUGUCAGACACUGCUGUCUUAAUCCAGUCUUGACCCAGCCCUGUGGAAGGUCCUCAAGGGCCUCUGAGGACACCAAAUUAUGGCCAAAGGUCUGUGGAAUCCACUUUCUUCAUAAGGUUCUCUGUUCCUUUUGUGACCUGUCAUUCAGAUGACAGCGCCUGAUGAUAGACACCUGGCACCUGUAGCUUGGUAAGAGGCAUAGCUUAGACCUGGUAGUAUAGCCAGCCUGGACAUAUUUGACAAUAAAUUUCCCAUUACCAACCCGAAGGCUCAAGGUGGGACCUUUCCAUGGAGAUGUCCCUGUCUUCUCCCCUUAGGAUGGGAGCAGUCAGAUCCCCAAGCAGGCAGUCUGGGUGCAGGUACUCAGGGCUUGGCCUUGGGAGCCUGUCAGUCGCACAGUGGCUGUCUGCCACUUCCCCCUGGCUCUUGCCCCAGAAAUGUUGAGGAACUCCUGACAUGCAAGGCUGAGGAAGGGAUGAAACAAGGCUUCCUAUACAGGGAGGCGGAGUGGGUCGUCAGGGAAGGAGGCGCUAGCUUCUGACUCCCAGUGAACCUGCAAGAGGCCAGGGAAACAAGCUGAGACAGGCCACGCGCACCGGAGUGCAGUGCACAGGGCAUAAGCACAGCCUUGUGGGUCAUGGAGUAACGAGGCUUGCUUAGGAGUGAGCAAGCGCCCAAAGCCUCCUUCAACAUGUGGCUGACUGGUGAGCAGCCUCUGAGGGAGUGUUGACAGGGAGAAACCAGACUGUGAAGGCGAGGAUGCAGCUAAGAAGUGAGGAUCUCAGACCUUUCUUCUUCCAUCAUUUCCAGAAGAACCUGUACCCCCGAAGAAGAGCUGCAGCACCAAGUGCUGCGCUGCCAGACCCUGCUGAUCUCAGAGCCCCAACUCCGCUCUGGACCCCUGCUCUGUGACUAAAUAUCACACCUCGCCUGCCGAGGCCAGAUGUGUCUGUGCCACGGUACAGCCUGGUGUCUCCAAGCUAGAGGACACUGUGGGAGGACAGGAAAGGAGUGUGUGGCCCCGGGUGAAAUAUUCGUAGCAAGAACUAUGGCUUGGUGUCACAGCUCCAGGGCCAGAGAAGGUUCAGUUAGAUUGGUGACAAGUUGGCUAAACACAGUCCCAAAGAUGUCCGUACAUGGGAAGCUAAGAAACUCAACUGGAAGAAGAAAUGGUUGGGAGACGGGAAUGUGGCCUGCUGCAGGUUGGUUGGGAGGAUGAGCCUUUUGCCCCACACUGAGGGAUGCAGUUGCCAGGGGAACCCAGCAUCUUCAGAGGGCUUCCUGGUUGCUCCUCUUUGUAUGUCUGUGAAAGGUUUGGCUCCAAAUGAAGCCCUGAGAUGUUACCACAGUAACUGCACCCCCAGCUUGCAAUCUCUAUAUGCAAUGGGAAGCUCAACUGCCACAUGUAUAAAAGGUGUCACUUAGUCUCCAAGGACAGGAGGGAGUAUUCCCUGUAAUAAGCUAUGAAUUAGGAGCCACCUUCAGCAGACUCUGAUCAGCAGAGCUCUGUGACGGGGCUGGCUGUCCUGGAGUUGGCAGACACAGGAUGGGCCAGCUAGAUCCGCAUAGACAGAAGCUUGUGGACCUAGUGAGUAGUCUGACCCAGGUCACCAAAGCAGUCCUUGAUCACUGCCACAGGCCUCUCCACUCCCUGUGGAGAAAGUCCCUGCUAGAGUGCCAGCCAGACACACUGCUCAUCGUUCUCCCAGACUCCCCCAGGGACCUGCUACCUGUCCCAGGUGUCCUGUCUGUGUUACCCUAUUUAAGUUCUGAUACCAAGUCCCUAAGUACCAGGCCCUGUAGCUUUGAACCUCUGAAAUCAGGACAAAGUCUAAGGCAAAGGAGGCCUCAACCCCCUACCCUUUUCCAGAAUUCCCGAGGGAGGGAGAGCAGGGGAGAAAAAAAGAGGAAGGGACAAACAAAAGGGAGAGGGGGAAGGAUGCUAGAGCUUCUUCUUGUGUCUUGGGCAGGGAGAAACAGGACCAUGCCCAUUAAUUACAGUUCCGGUGUGAAUGCCCCCAUCAGCCUGUGUGUCUGAACGCUUGGUCCCGGAUGGUGUUGCCAGUUGGAAAGGUUGUGGACCUUUAGGAGAGAGAGACUCUGGAAGAAGUGGAUCCCUGGGGUGGGCCUUGCGUUUAUAGCUCCGUUUCUGUCCUGCCCACUGUUCUUCCUACUACAUGCAGUGUGAUCUCACUAUAGGGAACUGUGUGCCCUCAAACCAUAAGCCAAAUAAACCCUUCCUAUCUUA